AUGUUAGGAAUCACUACAACAAGGAUACUAUCCAAGAAUUCUGUUAGAUUAUUCUCUAAUACUUCGAGAGCUUCAAAUUUAAUACAAGACCUAUAUCUUAAAGAAUUGACUUCUGUCAAAAAUGGCCUAGAUAUAUCCAAAAUUGUAUCUCCAAAGGGCAAUGUUCUAGAAUGGCAGACUCCCUCUAGACCCGUUGUCCCAAAGGUUGAAGGUAAUGAAGACGCUCUAUUACAGGAGUAUAUUACAUCAAAAGUGUCUGUCGCAAAUGAAUCAGAUCCUGGACAAACACAAAAUGAGCAAGAAUUGGAAGAAGAUUGGUUGGUUAUUGAAGAUAUUCAAGAAGAAAAUCCUGUUCAUACCCAUUAA